AUAACUAAAAUCAGACAGCAUCUACGAUGGCCAAGUCCAAGAAUCACACAAAUCACAAUCAGAGAACAAACAGUAUGUGUAGCAGCACUAAUUUGGUUACAAUAUUUACCUUUGUUAUGCAACACUGAUAAAAUAAAGAUAAAAUUAUUUAACGUAAGAAAUUAUUAUUUGCAUUUCAGAAAAAUACAUAAAGAUAGAAAGGAUCACAGAAAUGGAAUUAAAAGACCAAAGAAGCAUCGUUUCAUGUCAAUGAAGGGAGUGGAACAAAAAUUUCUAAGAAACCUCCGAUUUGCUAAAAAGCACAAUAAACGGCAUUGUCAGAAGAAGCCUAAGACUGCAGUUGAAAAUCCGUAAUU